AUGAUCAUUUCUUCAUUGUUGCUGACUGUGGUCUCCCUUCUCUCGCCGAUUUUCGCCGAUGUACUUUCGUUGCCAAUUGAAUACUCUCUCAAUGAUUGGAAAACCGUCGGCAAAUUGGGAGUGAUCGAAGUGAAAGAGGACUUCAGCGGGAAUUAUUCGGGCGUUUUUCGAACUACUGCCGAUGCUCUGCAAUUGGGAAAUGCCCUUCAAUCUGCUUCUUCGUCUGCUUUGUAUCGAGUGAGAACACCCUACGGAAAAGGAGGCGAUUAUGUAUCGAGCUCUACGGAACCGUGUCGAAUUUUGCAAACGAAGCUUGUGCACAACUUCUGGGUGUCGCUCGAUACAACAGGAAAAGCUGUUCAAUCGUUGACUGUGUUUGCUGACCCGGCGUUCAAAUCAUCGGACGAUGGUUGUCAACUAUUGCCACAAAGCAAUUUGGUCGGAAUCGUGCAAGUCACCUCUGUUCAACAACUCAAAAGCCCAGACACCCAAUCGUUCCUUGACAAGAUGGAUAAAGAAAGACGAGCAAGACAACAUGGCGCUGAACAGGAUAAUCGAUCGUUUUUGGCUAAAUAUUGGAUGUACAUUGUUCCCGUGGUAAUCUUCAUGCUUAUCUCGUCGGCCAGUCAACAACAAGAGGGUGGACAAGGCGGA